AGUUCUGUUUCAUUAUUAUUUUGAAACAACACUGACGAUAGAAAAUGGAGCUAUUAUUAUAAAUAUAUGGAUGUAAUACCUGAUGCUUCCAUUCCACCCUUAUACUUUAUAGAACUGUCUAGUUUCAGUACUUUCACUUGUUAUAUGUAAUAUUUAAGAUGAGUGAGGGUGGGGACAACGAUAUUCUUGAAAUGGAUUAUGUGUCGGAGACAGAAUCGGAUGGGGUCCUUGAGAUGGGAAUAAAAUAUGGAGACGAACACUGGGCACUGGAGUUUCUGCCAACCUAUCAGUUCCAACCAGAGGGGGCUUCACUGUCCAAAGUUGAGAAGGCUGAGUUCAACAACAAUCCAGACUCUCUGUUCUUCAACGAUGGCAUUAAGCAAAUAGAUUUUGUCUUGGUCUAUGAAGAUGAGGACAAGAAGGAGUUGGAUAAAAAGAAAAUAUUCCAGAGAAGGAAACGACGGCGAGAAUUCUUUGAGGCAAGCUUGAUGAAGAUGGGGAUGGAACUGGAGGUCACCAGAUCUGUGGUGGAUGAAAAGCUGUUGUUCGUCAAGGUGCAUAUGCCCUGGGAUGUGUUGUGUACCUACGCCGAAGUGCUCCACAUCAAGAUGCCCAUUAAACGCAAUGACAUUUCCACCACAUCCUCGCCGUUCAGCUGCCUCACCAAACACUUCUACCCCAGCGUGCAUCUCAUUGCCAAGGAGACUGAGUUUUUCACAGCACCUUUCGAGAAGAACAGGCUGGAGUACUUCUUCAUGGAGGACCAGGACAACUUCUUCACACCGUCCACAAGGAGUAGGAUGGCCUAUCACCUGCUCAGCCGAGCCCCUUAUGAGGUGCGAGGUCCUGCCAUAAAGUUGGGCAUCACAAAACUUCUUGAUGGAGGGGUGUACAAGGCUGCUUAUCCAUUGCAUGAUGGCAGAUUCAACGUGAGAUCAAAAGAAGAGAAGUGUCCAAAUGUCAGAUACCUCCUGUUUAACGAGUGGGCCCACCCUAAAAACUUCUAUAAGAUGCAGCCUCUUGAUCUUAUAAGGAAGUAUUACGGUGAAAAGGUGGGCAUUUACUUUGCCUGGCUGGGCUUCUAUACAGCCAUGCUAGCCCUUGCUGCUAUUGUUGGACUGGGCUGUUUCAUUUAUGGGUAUAAGACUCAAGAUACAAGCACCUGGAGCAAGGAGGUGUGUGACCCACUGAUUGGAGGUCAAACAGUGAUGUGUCCUCAGUGUGAUGGGGAAUGCACCUACUGGAGGCUCAACAACACCUGUGACUCUUCUAAAAAACUCUGCAUAUUUGAUAAUUUCGGGACGCUGGUGUUUGCUGUCUUCAUGGCCAUUUGGGUGACCCUCUUCUUGGAGUUCUGGAAGCGCUACCAGGCAGAGCUGGAGUACGACUGGGACACAGUGGAGUUUCUGGAGCAGGAGGAACAGCCUCGUCCAGAGUAUGAGGCCAAGUGCAACUAUGACAGAGUCAACCCUAUAACACAAGAGAAAGAGAAAGUACCGUAUACAGCUUUCGGACGGUGUAUGAGAGUGUCUUUAGGAAUCGGGACUGUCUUAUUCUGGAUUAUGUUGAUCCUGGCAUCCGUGGUUGCCAUUAUCGUGUACCGCCUGGCAGUAUUCUUCUCAUUUUCAAAACAACUGCGAGCGGAUAUAAAGGAACUUGAACCGUUCAAGGAGUAUGUGACCCCACAAAUGGCCACCUCCGUCACUGCUUCUAUCAUCAGCUUUGUAAUUAUCAUGGUGCUCAACCUCCUGUAUGAGAAAGUAGCCAUCUGGAUCACUGAUUUUGAGCUACCAAGGACCAAGACAGAGUAUGAGAACAGUCUGACUCUGAAGAUGUUCCUCUUCCAAUUUGUCAAUUACUACUCUUCAUGCUUCUACAUUGCCUUCGUCAAAGGGAAAGUUGUUGGGUACCCUGGGAAACCUGUUUACCUGCUGGGCGAGUACAGGAACGAGGAGUGUGAUCCAGGAGGGUGCCUGAUUGAGUUGACAACCCAGCUCACUGUCAUCAUGGGGGGUAAAGCCAUCUGGAAUAACAUUCAGGAGGUGUUGAUGCCGUGGGUGAAGAAUUUGAUAUUCCACUACUGCACACGUGUGGGCUCUGAGAAGGUGACCCCACGCUGGGAGCAGGACUACGCGCUACAGCCCAUUGGGAAGCUGGGGCUCUUCUAUGAAUAUCUGGAGAUGGUGAUUCAGUUUGGUUUUGUAACUCUGUUCGUGGCCUCCUUCCCUUUGGCCCCUUUCCUUGCUCUGAUCAAUAACAUCUUUGAGAUCCGCGUGGAUGCCUGGAAGAUCACCACCCAGUUCCGCCACAUGGUGCCUGAAAAGGCCCAGGACAUCGGAGCGUGGCAACCCAUUCUGCAAGGCGUCGCCAUCCUGGCUGUGGCGACAAAUGCCAUGAUCAUUGCGUUCACAUCAGACAUGAUCCCACGGUUGGUGUACUACUGGUCUUUCUCUGUGUAUCCCUAUGGAGACCAUGCCAACUAUACCAUGGAGGGCUAUAUCAACAACACGCUGUCCGUGUUCGACAUUAAGGACUUUUCCGACAAGAGCAGGCCCUUGCAAACGCCUUACUGGUUCGAAAACAGCACCACCUGCAGGUAUCGAGAUUUCAGAUAUCCCCCUGGACACCCUAGACAAUAUGAAUACAGUAUUUACUACUGGCAUGUGAUAGCUGCCAAGAUGGCUUUUAUAAUAGUUGUUGAGCACAUUGUGUACUUCACCAAGUUCGUCUUGUCCUACAUGAUCCCAGACGUGCCUACCGCAGUGAGGGACAAGAUAAAACGUGAGAAGUACCUUACUCACGUGAUGCUUCAUGAGGUCAACCUGAAACUCGUGACCAAAAACCUGAAGCCUGUUACUGAUAACAUUCUUAAACACCAAGAGGACAAGGAGGAGGAGACCAAUGACUUGGACUUUUAACCUCUUAACUUUAGCCAUCCUCUGAAGAGUGUCCAGCAAUAUGUACCAGUAUUGUGAGCAGUUAAGUCAUUUAUUUGAAGGUUUUAAUGUUUUUUUUUUAAUAACAUGAAUGAAUGCUGAUCAUACCGUAGCAGCUUGUCUAACCAAACCAACUGUGUAAGUUCAGCUGUGUUCCUCCGAUUUCUGGACCUUAUGUAUAGUUAGCAAUUUUAAGAGCUGAUUGUUACAUGUAUGCUGUUACAUUUACAGUGCCUUGUAAUGUUAUAAUGUUAAAAUGAAGGUCUGGAAGGCACUUCUGAGAAGAAACAACUUUGCCUAUCAUGAAUGUUAGGAUUUAAAUGCUCAGGUUUGAUGGUACCCUAUAUAUGGAAGAUGAGAGGUUGGUUUGUUUUGAUUUAUUUGUUUGCAUAAGCCUAAGGAUAUGUAAUAGCAUUAUAGAUAUUUCAAAUAUCUGCAAACGUAAUGCUUGAUUUUAUUGGAAUAGUUACAUUUUCUUAUAUUUGUUCUUUGUGCUGCUUGUUGUUCCUUCAAUUUACUGCCGUGAUUUCUAUGAAAUAUGUUUUGCAAUUAUUUAACAUACAAUAUAUAGGUUUUAUAACAGUAGUAGUAGUUUUCUUUCAUUAAUCAAAUGUUUCUUGCCUCCCAAUGUUGCACUUUCCUGAAAAAAAUUGUUAAAUAAGGCUGCCAAAUGAAUAUAAAAUGGAUUAUAUUUGACUAUAUAUGGUGUCCCAAAAAGA